AAUUCGUUAGAUUGUAAACAAAUACUAGCACUGCUAGUAUUUGUUUACAAUCUAACGAAUUUGUCGACCAAAACAUAUAUGAUGGCAUAUGGGUAUUCGAUAGAACUAUUUAGUCAUAGAUGCAAUUAAUACAUUUACGUUCAUCUAAGCAAGUAAGAAUGCUAAGAAUUUGUCGAAAUCAAUUGUUUGUCUAUAAACCUUUUUGUUUGGCAUGACAACACGUAAUUGAUCUGUGCAAUGCCAAGCUUUAAAAAUUCCACGCCAACUUAUUAAAGUAAUUUGAUGAUCAUUAUUUAAAAUAUUUUAUUUUACCUCGCAGCUCUUUCUUUACAUUUAUAUUAUAUUGGCUUAUUUAUUGACGCUUAAAUUUAUUGACGCUUAAAUUUAUUGAUGCGACGACCCUUAUUUGGGUAUUUUCCCUCUUUUGUUUAUAGUUUGAGUUGUUCAUAACGUUGGCCGCUAAUUUAUACCGAUACUAAUUUUAAACAUUCAUUUUAUUGUCGAUGGUAUGCAAUUGUUUAACUUUUGUAUACUAGCCGCACGUGGAGUGUGGACGCAAACAAAUAAAUUGAAACAAUUAUUGUUCUUAAAGCUCUGAAUGCAUUGAUGUAAUAAUAUGAAGAUAAAUGUUGAAAGAGCUUAUUUUUAAUCAGAGCAUAUUGCAAUAUUGUAUUGCGAACUGAUCUUAAGAAGGUUCUGCAAUGGUGUUUGUCGUUUAUUAUAGUGAGGUUUGUUUAAUUUGUCUUGUUUUACAUCGUCAUAGUUAAGCUGAAAUGCGAGCAACGCACAUUUUAAAUGCAGCUAUAAACUGCUCAUAAAAACUUAAACUUUAAGGGUUUGCAAAAACCCUUUAACAUAUCGGUUUCACUUUCACAUAUCGGUUUUGUGCGCUUAUUUUUAUUAACAUCAGUUUCAAUAUCUUGUUAUUAGAACGCAACAAUUAUAAAGCAACUUCUUAUUUCUGCUUUAAACUAUAAACUUAAAUUAUCGACUAUGCUUUUUUUGACAUCGCUAAUGAUCACCUGUGGGUUUAAUUCUUGAAAGUGGUCUUGUGAAUCGAGAACUGUUAUUAAAUCACUACUUUUACUUUUAAGAUUUCAAUCUGAUCCGAAUAAAACUGUUGAAAAUUAACGAUAUCUUUAGUGCAGGAUACUCUGUCUGCAAUGAACGAAACCGUGUUAAUUCUUGUAGAAGAAAAAACGAUGGCGAACGUGACCAUGAUUCCCCAGGGGCAGGACCCUCUUGCCGCAGACUGGCUGUCACAAUCUGACAAGAUUGGUUUCCUCUUUUUACUGUCUAUCAUCUGCUCUGUCGCAUUCUUUGGAAACGCCCUCGUUUUGACGAUAGCAGUCAAAUCCUCCAAGAUGAGAACUACAAAUAACUGUUUCAUCUUUAACUUGGCUUUCUGUGACUUUGUUGUGGGCUGCUUCAGUAUCCCUGUCAUGAUCACUACUCUGCUAGCGGAGAGGUGGGUAUUCGGAGCGACGAUGUGUAACAUAACAGCGUUUGUUGAUAACAUGGUAAUGAUGGAGAGCAUCUGGACCCUGGCCACUCUCUCUGCUUUCAGAGCUAUGAGCGUACUUGAUCCUUUCAGGGUCAAACAGGUAUUGUAACACUAUACUAUUUAAUCUCUAUUCUUGUUUGCAAAUGUUUGUUCCUGUUUUUUAUUAGAUGAAGUCGAAUAAAAACUACUAUGGGACUUUAAAUUGUUGGUAAGUCAUUGUAUAAAAUAGCACGAUGAAACCAACACCGAGAACUGAACAAUUUCAGCGUU